CGCGCCACCCUCCCGGCCACGCGCGUCUCCCCCUCGCCCCCUCCUCCUCGCGUAGCCCCACCCUCGCCGCCCCUCCCAGCCACCCUCUCCCGCCUCACACUGGAGCCGAGCGUCAUUUCAGCCUCGGCGGCGCUGCAGACAUGGCGACGACGCUGACAGCCGUCCAGCCGCUCACUUUGGACCGAGAUGUUGCCAGAGCAAUUGAACUGCUGGAGAAACUACAAGAAGCUGGAGAAGUACCAGGACACAAGCUGCAGUCACUUAAAAAAGUACUGCAGAGUGAGUUUUGUACAGCUAUCAGAGAGGUAUAUCAAUAUAUGCAUGAAACCAUAAACGUUAAUGGCUGCCCCGAAUUCCGCGCAAGGGCAACAGCAAAGGCAACAGUUGCUGCCUUUGCAGCUAGUGAAGGCCAUUCUCACCCUCGAGUGGUAGAACUGCCAAAGACUGAUGAAGGCCUUGGCUUUAAUGUAAUGGGAGGAAAAGAACAAAAUUCUCCUAUUUAUAUUUCUCGCAUAAUUCCUGGAGGAGUAGCUGAGAGGCAUGGAGGACUCAAACGAGGAGACCAGUUACUUUCUGUUAAUGGAGUGAGCGUGGAAGGAGAGCACCACGAAAAAGCUGUGGAGCUCCUGAAGGCCGCUAAGGACAGCGUCAAGCUAGUGGUGCGCUACACUCCCAAAGUGUUGGAUGAGAUGGAGGCUCGCUUUGAGAAGCUAAGGACAGCACGGCGCAGACAACAGCAGCAGUUGCUAAUUCAGCAGCAGCAGCAGAAUGCACAACAAAACCAUAUGUCGUAGAUCGUCCUCGAAGAAGAAAUUCUAAACCAAGAAUCCAACAAUUUAGCAGCAAAGCUGUAUUUUGAAUUCCAACAUGCAGUAAAAGAGCAGCAGCAAUGACAAUACAACAGCUGCAUUCACCAGCAAACUGUGAAAGGCUGCCAUAAGAAUUGUUUGGCAGGUCAAUAACAUAGUGAAAUCCUUCCAAAAAAAGGUUUUUCGGUGUACUGAAGUCUGAGGAUGAAAGGUUUCUUUGACUCCUGUUCUGUGUGCUAAGGCUUUUUAAAAAAGAAAAAGAACACUCUGUAAAAUUGAGAGUUUUAGUAGUGAAUGAAUGAAUGAAUGUGUCAAUGGUCCAAUCCUGCUUGCUUUACAGUGAUACUUCAGUGGGAAUUUAUCAGAUGGAUGCAAGAUGGGGCCACUGCUGAGAGUAACAACUGUCCAGUAUUUCUGGCCCUAUCUAGCCUAAGCCAUGCUUUUAAAAGGAUCAGAACUAGUUGAUUCAGAAUGUAGAUGGAAAAGUGCUCUAGACUGCACACUGAAAGCAAUGUGCUGACAUUUGGGUGCUGACAAUUGAAUGCCACCCCUUUUGUGUCCACGGUUCCUAAGCCAGUAAGUGAUACAUGUGAGGAGGACCACCUUUUAAAUGUACAAAUCUCCCCAUCUGGAUUGAGGCCUGUGGCCCCAAGACAUUACAAAUUCAGGGAGAAAUGGCAUCAGUUGUAAAAUGUUACCACUUACAAAAGCCCUUCUUGCAUCUUGCAAAACAUCUUCACUUCACAAUCUUGUACAGGUGCUUUGAUCUGAAAUCCAGUUUGUAAUCUAGUUCUCUACUUUUUUCCCUUCCUGGGAGUUAUUACAAUAUUUAUACUGUGGCUGCAGAGUUGAGUUGAUUAAUCAAAAGAUCUAAAUCAAAAUAUUGCUACUUGAUGAAAGAGAUGCUCCUGAUUAAUUUUUGUUUUCUAUUUGAUGGUUAAUUAUUAUUUUGAAUGCAAGUGGUUAUAAAUCCAUGGGGGGGGGGGCACUUUCCUCUUCCACCUCGUAGGAAGUAAUGGUUCUUCUGAGAUCAUGCUUGCUCCACCACAUGCUUGCAUCAUCUAAAAACAAUGGAGGAAUUUUUCUUCUUCAAUAGUAUAGUUUUGAACUCAUUUGGAACUAUGUAACCUUAACAGUACAAUGCUGUAUGUGUCUACUAAGAGUAAGCCCCACUGAGUUCUAUGCAGCUUACUCCUAGGUACCUUGGAGUAGCAGCUUACUCUACCACGUACCUUGGAAUAAGUCCCAUUGAAUUCAAUGGGCUUCUUUCUGAGUAGGCAUGUGUACUGUUGCACGUCAUAGCCUAUACAGAAUAAAUAAUAAUAAUAAACAAUUUGGGCAGAUUUUUAUCAGUGGAUUAAUCAACUAAACUUUCUUUUAAUCAAACAACAGCCCUAAUUUAUACAGAAUUUUAUUUGUAAAAGCAUUUUUACUCUUGGUGUAUUCAUAAAUUCUGUUCAGCAGGUUUAAUUCUGUCUUCUGUAAGUAGUAAGACUAGAGGACCCUUGAACUGUAUUUUUAAAUAUAGAUAUUGCUAGUAUUAUAGCUAUAAUUAUUCAGAAAUCUAUAAUGUUUACAGUAUAUUUAUAAGAUAUAUAUGAUAUGAUAUAAUAAAUAAAUCUAUAUCUAUAGAUAUAUAUCCCCAACAUAUAUAUAUAUUGUCAGAAUGUAUGUGUUCCAGAGGUAGGAUCUGUACUUAUUAUAUAUUACAAAUGUUUUAAGAUAAUGUUAAUGAGACACAAAUUUCUUUUGGGGAAAAAAUAGAUAAAACAGGGUAUCAGUAUUUUCUCUAUUUUUCAGAUAUAUUCUUUAUUUUGUUUGUGUUUUUGGAUUUAAUACACCCAAAUACUUAGUCAAGAAAGCUGGUGUAGCCUAGUGGCUGAGAAUCUGAGCUACAAAUCUCAUGUUUUGCUACAAACUCACUAGGUGGCCUUGGGCAACUCACUCUCCCUUUAAGUCUCAGUCGCCCCCCUACUAUAUGGGGGAUAACAAUGCUGACUUACCUUACAGGGUUUUGUAAGCAUUACAACUAGAUAAGUUAGCGCACACGAAGCACAAUGGACACUUGAAAGUGCUAUACAAACCUUGAGCAUUAUUAUUAUCCCAUAGUGGGAAGGCAGGCUUCCCCAAAGAGGCACAAAGGACUGCUAAAAUAAUAUUAGGAUUUCUUUGACUUGUUCAACAUAGGUCUGAUGUACACAUGCAGUAGAAAUGAGGUUGGUUAUCCAGGUGAGAACAGUAAGGGGCUUUAACCCUUUGCCUCAUCUGAAAGUCCCAGUUGGAAUUGGAACCCAGUGCCUGCUAUUUGCAUUAGAAGAGAAUAUUCCAUUGGCACCAAAGAGCCCUGUUGCCCCAUGGCAAGGUUCCAAUCCUGCCUGCCACUUUUACAAAGCCAUUCACAAAAUUGCUCCUUAUGUGAUUGGUGUCUCUUCUAGGUUGGCCCCUCAGCAGGGUUGGUCCUACUAAUGGGCAGAGUGAGGUGGCUGCCUAAGGCAACAUAUGUCAGGAAUGGUGGCAAAUUGAUGAGGGAUAGAGCUAUAUUGCCAUGAGGCCUGCCCCCCCCCCCCCGUGCUGCCAUCUGGUGUGGUGGUGGCCACUGUCCUGUCACUAGCGUUGAAAUUAAUUCAUCAACCAAUUCAAUUGGCUUCUGUCUGUGCUGUAGGGAGAGGUGCCACCUGGUCCUUCACCUCACACAACAAAAUGUUUGGGGACAUUCCUGGCUUUCAAACUGCUUGUGAUACAUCAUAUUUUUGAAUGCUCCCCUGCAAUUCCCUUCAUUUGGGUUUCCAGCACAGCAGACUUUAUUAUUAACAUACUGGAUUAUUAUUUUUACUUGCAAUGAGUCUCUCCCCCCUUUUUUUCUUCUUUGGAGUAGCAUUCAGAAAUAAGAUCUUCUGAGUUAUACAGUCCAUUCUACCAGCUCAGGAUUUAACCAUUCCAUUCUACUACAUGUGCAGCUAGGUCUAUUGCUACUGAUGGUUAGGAAAGGAUAUCACAUCCUCAUGCCUUAGCCAUGAAGUCAACCCAUCUUGAUCUUUUUCAAUGAACCCUAACCCCCACAGGUCUCAUGCAGGGCUCUUUCUCAACCUGGAUACAAAAUAGUCUUUAACCAGAAACAUCAGGGAUUUAUGGGACCUUACGCAUGCGAAGCAAGUACUCAACCACUGAUUUCAAAUGCUGGCAUCGUAACGAACCAAUCUCAGACCCAAGAAUAUAAAAAGACGUGCCGACACCUGCUGUCAUCAGGAUAAUUCAUAAUGUGUGCAAUUCAUGUGAAUUAGCUGCAAGUAAUCAAAUUAAAACGUCAGUUAAAAUUUACAUGCAGUUUCAGAACCAUUUGAAUAAUAGUCAUGUUGAAAGGUUGCUAAGGAUGUCGUUUUCCUUGGGAAUAAUUUAUAGAAGUCAAUCCUAGAAUUUUCAUGGCUAUGAAAAACAUCCUUAAAGAAGAACAGCCGUAGGAAUUAGCCAGAGCUUAGAUGGGUUUCGAUGAACACACAUAAACUUUCCUCUUUGUAAGAAGUCGGGUGGUGCUUUGUGCAAAGAUUUUUGAAAAUAAUUUGAGAAAAGUACUUCUAAGGCCAAAUUAAAAUUACGGCCAUAGCUCUUUGACACAGAACACAUGAGAUUUAGGAUUAUGGCUUUUGAAAAUAUGAGAUAAAAUAUAAUUGUGUGGAAUUGUGUUUUUAGUAUUGUUUCAGUGAUGUCUGGAACCAGGACAGUGCAACUACAUUAGCUCUGUGCCAUUCAACUUUAAACGUGGAAUUUUAUAUUUGGGUUUUAGUUUGUUGUGUUUACCAAAUGUGAUGUGUGUUAUGAAAUAUCUAGCUUCUUAAAAAUGAUAUUGCUUAAGGGUUUAUGUCAGAAUUGAGUGUACAGAAGCUGUUUUCACCUUCCACACAUUCUGUAUUAUGUUAAUACAAACCUCAGUUAUAGCCAACCCUGUAAAAUGUUGUUAUAUAUUUAGCAUACGUUGUUGUCAAACUCCACCAGAAAAAUAAAGAUUUUGAUAAAAUGGCAGUGCAUAAGGAUAUAUUGCAUAAGUAGAUUGUCACUCAUAUUUCAACAGUGAAUAUCAACACAAUUUGGAUUUUAUGGUUUAAUAAAUUAUUUACACAGAA